GCAAAAAAUACUUCCUUACAGGGAUGAAGAUCUGAGAGAAUAUCAAAUUGGUUCUGUCACGGCAACAAUGACGGAGGCUGCUAGUUUAAUCUGGUCUGAUUUAGCAUGCGCAUUGGAGGUCCUCCGGAAGGCUUCUGAGCUCGGCCGUCAUCAUCUAAACACAAAGCUAAUGGAAAAUGUCGACAAAUCCAUCAGUUUCCUGCAAGAUGUUGUUGAAGUUCAUCCUCAAAUCAUACUCCAGCACACCAAAGCUAUUCGUUAUGGGAACAUGUAUUAUCUUGGCAACGCAGCAGAGCAUCUGAAUUCGAAGCAUCUUGGGCGACAAUCUCUGGAAGAUGCAACUGAUGAAGAAAUCUUAUCCUUCUCUGAGGAUGUGGAAAACGUUUUGUAUAAAUUAUCAUUCGAGAAAACAUGGUUAGCAAGCCCCGAAAUUAAAGACCCCCAGACUAACUCACUCACAAGAAGAAUCAACGGAUGAAGAAAUAUGAUCUACCAAGAUGAGAAAAAAAAAAUCAUAACAAGCCAUGGUAAUAUGCAAAGAAACACUUUGAUCUCAUUGAUGCUUUAAAAAGGAUUUCUGCUGUUCGUCGUCGACUCGUCACAGCAAUGGUUUCGAAUUCAAUCCCUGCCACCUCAAUCGCCUCCGCCUCAUCCAACCCUAAAGAUUUUGCCAAGAAGAAACGGGGUAAUCGCUGGGCGAAGUUGAGGCAGUGCAAGCUUGAUGCGUGUCGGGAACAAUGGCUUUCUCAAGCAAUAAGUGAAGGAGAGUGUGGUUAUGAAGAAAUGCAUGGUGUUGGGGAGAUGCAUAGAGAUCGUGCAAGUUUCUCGAAUGAGAGAGGCACAUCCAUCCGGGAGCAAGAGAUGAAAUCAAGCGUCCAAGGGCAGAAUUACAGAGGCGUAUUAACCACGCAGAGAUACAGUGAUUCUGAUUCCUCGCUGUCGAACAGCCCGACCAACCAAAGAAGCAGCCUCUCAGGCAGUAAUGAAUUUGUCGCCAAUUUCACUCCGAGUUGUGGCAGCAUCAGCGGGUGGAGUAGUAGCAGCAGCAGCAGCGAGUUCUUCCCGUGUAACAUGAUCGGCGAUGAAGGGGAUGAUAAUCAAGAUGGUUGCUUCGAUGAUUGGGAAGCUAUGGCUGAUGCCUUAUUGACACCUGAAGACCAUAUCUCCGAACUCAGUCUACCUUCUUCGGAGAAUCGUAGAAAGGCUGUCCAGCGAGACCCUGAAUCGAGCACUUCUGCUCACCCUUUCUCCCGGAAUGUUACUUCAAAUGAAACGCAACAACAUGGAGGAAUAAACAUAAGGAAUUCUUCAGUACAGUCCCUCGCCUGGACGGAAAACGAUGCUUUCAGGCCGCAUAGCUUACCAAAUUUUUCUCGGCAACAUUUAAGUGAAGGAGAGUCAUCUUGGGGAAUUAAGACAGAGAAUCCCACAUCAUGUCCAAUAUGCUACGAGGAAUUCGAUUGUACAGAUUCAAGCUUUCAUCCGUGCUCGUGUGGGUUCAAGCUCUGCCUCUUCUGUCACAAAGAAAUCCUCGACAGAGACGAGCGCUGUCCCUCGUGCAGGAAGCCGUAUGUCAGUUAUCCUGUUGAGGGCGAGGCAAAAUUGGAUGGAAGGAAACUGACGUACCAUUUGGCUCGAUCUCGCAGCAUGAAUGACAAUGCCUAGAACAGAGACUGCGAUUCUUGAUCUUGUACGUUGGCUUUCCCUUUUACUAGCAUGCAUUUGUGAUUUCUUGACAAACUGAUUCUAGCAGUGGUAGAAAUGCGAACUCAUUUAAUCGUACAGGAAUUGAUCCCGGUAUCUUUCGAUUUACUUGAUAUGUUCUAUAUGUACAAGGCAUGCUUUUUACAUAAAUAGCAAGAAUUUACAGAAAAGCAGAUUACAUGCUCUUUCUUCGACUCCUUGCUUUCUUUAUGAUUUAGUAUUCAAUAUAUAGGCUUGUGGUCGGAACUGGCGAUGUUUCGAAACUAAAACCUAAGUAGUGUUGAUAAGCCUGGUUAGGUAAGAACCCUACUUGUGUUAUGUAUGAUUCAGUAUGAAAUCAUAGGUUUGUGGUCAGAAUCAGCUUUGUUCGAUACCUAAGUGGUGUUCUUACCUGGCU